UGUCAUUUUCUGUAAAAUAAAUGCGUACCACAUUCCAGAAAUCGGUUUGAAGAAUUUGGCGGGUAAAAAUGGAACUCUUGGUGCUCUCCAAAUUCAAGCUCCAACUCCGUGCCCUGAUUUCAGAAAUUCAUCAACUCAAAGAAAAGGAACGCAAUGCGUCACAUCACCUCCAGCACACAGUACAGAAGCAAAAGCAAAUCGAGGAGGAAUUCAAUAAAAAAUUGGCGGAAUUGCGUGCUGAGUUAGGUUUCUCUAAUGAUCUUAGGCAUAAAAUUGAAAGAAAGGUAACUUGCUUAGAGAAUGAGAACAAUUUGCUGGAGAACAAGCAGAAGGAAUUGGAAGGAACUAUACAAGGCUUACUUGAAUCAAAGGAAGCUUUUGUGAAAGCUUAUGAGGACUCUACUUAUGAAAUGAAGCGAGCUAUUGAAGACAAAGAUAGAAAAAUUGAUGUUCUAUAUGAAAAGUUAAAAGCUCAUUUGUUAUUAUUCAAUUCAAUAUCAAAGGAAGUUUCCUCCAUCAAUAAACUAAUGGAUGAUGCUAGACAUGCUCUCAGACAAAAAGAGGAUGUAGUGGCUGGGCUAAAGAGGAAAAUGGAUGAGGUUUCUACUUUUGAGAAACUUUUUGUCGAAAAGAUCAAUGACCUGGAAAGCAAACUGAUGAACAAUGAAGUGGAACUCACAAUGAAAACUAAAAGAAUACAAGAGCUGGAGGCAGAACUUGAGGCAGCAAUUCUUAGCAAGGAGUUCCAACCAAAGAUCACGCAGCUUCAGAGAGAUGUAUCUACAAAGGAACUACUUCUGCAGAACUUAAUCUCAGAGAACAAGGGACUGCGUUCUGAAGUAGGAAGCUUAGGCAUUGUCAUAAAAAAGAUCCAGGAUGCUGUCACUCGUAUCAGUGAAGAGGACAGAGAGACAUUCACCUCAGUGGUAGAAGGCCAGGAAGAAUGCCAAUCAAUUAGACAAAGUGAAAACUUAAGGAUGCCCGAUAUUGUUCAAAGCACAAGGAAAGACUCUCAUCUGAAGUCUUCUAUGAUUGAAGAAAGUACAGCCUCACCAGAAGUUCAGGAGGAUUCAAUAAAGAGCCCCUUGAAGAUGGAUAAGAUCAACUGCCAUGCAUCAGAGUCUGUUUAUUCUUCCUCACCGUCAGCUUGCUCGGUGCCUCAAUGUGACGCCGACAAUGCAAGUGUCUCUGCUGCUUCGACAAAGAUUACUUCUGAUAUAGGAUGAUCAGACAGAAUUAGUGAACCAGCUGGAUUCUGAAUGCUUAACGACUCAAGUGGAGAUCUUGUAAAUUGUGAGAUUUUGGUCUUUGUUCAGAAAUUCCAAUUCGAUUGUGCAAGCAAACUAGACUAACUUUUUCAUACUUCAUUCCAGUGAUAAUUAAUUUAGUGAAGUUUUGGUGAU